UUCUACCAGUCAAAGCACGUUGUUUACUCUCUCCGCUCAUUCACCGAGUUCUCCAGAAGAAAAAGGAUGGUGUCCCCUGCCAUUGCUCUGGCCUUCCUCCCGCUCCUGUUGACGCUGCUCAUCCGCUACCGCUUUUACUUUGUGCUGUUCUACCGCGCGGUGCUGCUGAGGGUGUGGAGGGACUGCAGGACGGGCCUGAGCCGCGAGGAGAGGUGCUUCCAGUAUGUGUUGACCAAUGCCACCCCCGGUGACCCCGAGAGCAUCCUGGAUGGCUUCGACUCCUGGUGCACCAAGAAAGAGUUCAUCAGCCACAUAGGGCCCAAGAAAGGGAAGAUCUUGGACCGCCUGCUGUCGGAGCACAGCCCCCUGACGGUGCUGGAGUUGGGGGCUCACUGUGGCUAUAGCACGGUGCGCAUAGCACGGGCCCUCCCCCUGGGAGCCAGGCUCUUCAGCGUGGAAAUGGACCAGAAAAACGCUGCCAUUGCAGAGAAGGUCAUACGCCUAGCUGGAUUUGAUGAAGCUCUAGUUGAGUUAAUCGUCUGUCCGUCUGACGAGGUUAUCCCUCGACUGAGGGCGGAUUUUGACCUGGAAAAGUUGGACUUUGUCUUCAUGGACCACUGGAAGAAAUGCUAUCUACCUGAUCUGCAGAUGUUGGAGGGCUCUGGUCUGCUGGGGAAAGGGUCCAUGAUCCUGGCCGACAAUGUGCUCUUCCCUGGGGCUCCCAACUUCCUCCGCUACAUCCGCCGGUGUGGGCUCUAUGAGUGGCGGGUCCAUCGGGCCACGCUGGAGUACAGCAAGGGCAUCCGCGACGGCAUGGCGGAGCUUGUCUACCAAGGAACCAAGUAGAACCUGCAAACCAUGUCAUUGACAGACCAACCCCUGAGAAUAUACAGCUCUAUGCUUGCUAGGCAACACCACCCUCUCCCCUUAUUUGGUUCAAGACAAUGUACUUUCUGCCAUCUUAUCAGCCUAAUAAAUGUUUUUUUUUUUUUUU